AUGGCAACCAAGACAGAAAAGAAGCUGUCAGAGUAUGUGAUCCAACGAAAAGGGAUCUUUGUAGUGCAGAAGGCAGUGGAGAAGUUUGCGGAGGAUUUCGAUUGCGAUCGGGAUGCCUGCCAGAUUCCAAUUCGCCCAGAUUCACUGGAUCGAAUCUACAAGGAGUUCCUGGAGGUACAAGGACAGAUCGAGCUGUACGAUAAGCCGGAGAUGUUAGAUUCCCAUCUGGAAGAACGCAUGGAUUUUGAGACGCGUUAUUGUAGAGUCAAAGGAUUUCUGCUAUCCAAUCGCGCUGCUGAUCCCAACCAAACCAUGCUGAACAGCACAAUGGCAGCCCCUGCGCACGUUUCGUCCUCGUUCCACCUGCGCUUACCCAAGAUCGACCUACCUAAGUUUAACGGCGAUUUCUCGCGAUGGCUCGCAUUUCGUGACACGUACACGUCGAUGAUUCACAACAACACAGAUAUUCCGACGGUUGCGAAGCUGCAGUACCUAUUGCAGUCGCUAGAGGAAGAAACCCGAACACCAUUCGAGUCCGUAGAUGUAGAAGCGGACAACUACGCAUCGACUUGGGAAGCAUUGCUGAAGCGGUACGACAACAAGCGGUUCUUGAAGCGUCAGCUAUUUCGAGCUCUAUAUGAUCUCUCACCGGUCAGUCAAGAAAGUCCCCAAGAAAUUCACGUUUUGGCUGACGAUUUUCACCGGCAUGUAAAGGCUUUGGCAAACUGGACCCAACUACGUGCUUGGGAGGAGAAAACCAGCAACAACGACGACGUAACCUACGAUAUGCUGAUCGAAUUCCUUUAUCAACGUGUCCGUAUGUUAACGUCCGUCAUAACCGAUCUGCGAUAUCGGUCCCAACAACCGGUUACAGCCUACGUGGCCGGUUCUAUUCCAACCCCGAAGCCGUUUAAGGUGUCAUACAAGGCAGCCACCGUUGAAUCGAGCUCCAGUGCUCUGCCGUGUCUCGCCUGUCCAGAGAAGUAUUUCCUCUUCCAAUGUCCAGCAUUUUCCGAGAUGUCCAUCUGCCAGCGUCGUGAACUGGUUUCCCAGAAACGCUUAUGCUGGAAUUGCUUCCGUACUGGACACCAAGCCAGGAACUGUACAUCCGUAUUCUCCUGCCGUAACUGCCAUGAAAAACACCACUCCCUGCUGCACGAGCCUGUACCGUCUAACAUGCAACCUACUCCUGUCCUGGCAGCAAGCCAGUCUAUUCCCUCGACGUCCGCCAUCGCUGUCCCUUCCAGCUCGGUGAAUGCGAAAGGCCAAGUGAGCCUGUCGGUCCAGGCUGAGCACAGCACAGUUUUGCUGGAAACGGUUUGCCUUCUCGUCGUAGAUCAGAACGGUAAGGAAAUACCCGUACGUGCACUGCUAGAUUCAGGAUCUAUGUUCAACUUAAUCACCAACAAGCUUGCAAAUUCCCUGAAUCUUCGACGCACCAAGGUGGAUAUCGCAGUAGCUGGUAUAGGUGAAUCCACCAAGCAGAUCAAAUGCCAAUUGACUGCUAGGAUCAAGUCGAAGUCGACACCGUACUCCACCAAGCUUGAGUUCCUGAUCCUCAAGAGACCGACGGUCAACCUUCCGACCGCUCCGAUCGACAUUUCAGAGUGGAAUCUUCCCAAGUUGUCGUUGGCAGACCCCAGAUUCCAUAUUCCAUCCGACAUUGACAUGGUUGUCGGUGGUGAAACGUACCACGAGCUGCAUCCUGGCAGCAAGCGUUCCCUGGGAGAGGGAUUACCGUUGCUAAUAGAAACGGUGUUUGGAUGGACUGUUUCCGGGAAGAUAGCCAUCGAUCAUCCCACCGUUCCCCGCGUAUGCCAUCUGACCACUGUCGAUCGAAGCUCAGAACAAGCGUUGCAGAAAUUCCAGGAGCUAGAAGCUGUUGAGCCGUUUUCUGUGUAUUCCGUAGAAGAAAAACAGUGUAAAGAACUUUACGCCACUACCACCACUCGCGGUUCGUUCGGUCGUUAUCUCGUUCAUUUGCCACUCACUCGUGAUCCGCUAGUCAAUCUCGGCGAAUCCAGAGCCAUCGCCGAACGUCAUUGCCUGAGCCUAGAGAAGCGACUAGAGCGUGAUUCACCCACCAAGGACGCAUACUGCAAUUUCAUGGACGAAUACGUACGAAUUUCGGACAUGAGAAAGCUCCUCGAUCCAGUAGAAGACGUAAACCCACACUGCUACCUUGCGCACCAUCCUGUUUUCAAGGAAAAAACGUUCCGUCAGAUUCAGUUGCAUUUCGAGGACCGUGCGCUGAAACGCAUUCCCUGGUGUCCCAAUCGCGACGAACCGCUUGCAAUGUACGAGCUCCAAACCGCUACUGCUAAGCAAGUUGAGCUGGAUGACGGCGCAAAAUACCCAGCCACCGUAGAUGUUGUUAAGCAAGAAUUCCACGUCGGUGUUGUUUUAUUGAGAGCAUAUACCCUAGGAUUGAUUGAUCUGGCAAUCACCAUAGCUGAUGCAUUGUUUUCCACUCGAUUGUUCAGUCGAUCUUCCAGCUGUACGAAGCUCCACCAUCCCAUCGCGUACUGGCCGCGAUAUUUCCGCGCUCAACGACCUGUCUCCCAACAGACCAAACCAGAGCUGUUUGACCUUCAUUCAACAACCGAUCUACGGGAUUAUGAUCUAGCCUUGUGUCGCGUAGCCCAAUGGAAGAUAUUCUUCAGAAAGUUCUGCAAAAUCCGCCGACGUGAUCCCCUUCCAGCGUCGUUGAUAUGGCUGAAACCGAAGCUGUACAAAUACGACGUUAUCCGAGUCAGUGGGAUACUCAAGCCUGUCGUAGUUUCCGACGAUGUGAAGCAUCCGACUCUGCAGCUCGCGAAACACCCAAUAACCGAGAUGUUAUCAGAGUUAUACCACAAGCAACUGCUAUACGCAGGACCGCAACUGACACUAAACACUAGGCACCAGAAGUUAUGA